UUCCGUCAAACCAGAUAGAGACGAUGAGUUGUUCAAGGUUAUGUCGAUUUUCUUGAUAAAAUUUAUAAAGUAUUGGCUGAUUCUUCAAAAUGUCGACCAUUCGCAGUCCUGUUGAUGAAUAUGGUUUCAAAAGACCUGAUGAUUUUGACUAUGAAAGCUAUGAACAUUUUAUGUCAAAUUACCUUCGUGUGUUGGCCAGAAGAGCAAGCAGGUGGAAAAAAUUUAUUAAAGGGACUUCCAAAGUAAAGAAGUCAAGAAAAGCUAAAAGAUUUGUUAGAAAAGGAGUCCCAGCAGAACAAAGAGGCCAGGUAUGGAUGGACAUUUGUGGUGCUAGAAAAAGAAAGAAACGAAACCCAUACUAUUACAAAGAAUUGCUGAAAACAGAUUUAGAUGAGCUUGUUGAACACAGCAUCACAACAGAUAUUGACAGAACCUUCCCAGAAAACAUUCACUUUGGACCUUCACAACAGGACUUGCGCAAAAGUCUUUACAAUGUUCUUCAUGUGUAUGCCUUGCAUAAUUCAAGAAUAGGUUAUUGUCAGGGAUUAAACUACAUUACUGGUCUUCUCAUAUUGAUUGUCAAAGAUGAGGAGUCAGCAUUUUGGUUACUGGAUGUUUUAUUGUCUAAACGAAUUCCAGAUUAUUAUGCCAAAGACAUGCUUGGCCUACAAGUAGAACAGGAAGUGCUAUCUGAAUUAGUCAAGUUAAAGAUGCCUGAGUUACAUGCUCAUAUUGAGAGUGCUGGUCUGUCUUAUAGCAUAUUCUCAACCAAAUGGUUUAUUUGUCUCUUCAUUGAUGUCUUGCCAAUUGAGACUAUUUUGCGUAUUUGGGACUGCUUGUUCUAUGAAGGUUCCAAAAUACUGUUAAGAGUGUCACUGACAUUACUUGCACUCCAUGAAUCCGAAUUAUUGGCUGCUAAAGAUUUUCCACAACUCUGCAAUGCUAUGAAAGGAAUUACGCAAACACCUUCAACAAUGGACUGCCAUUCUUUUAUGACUAACUGUUUUGAAUUACCUGGAUCCCUUCCAAUAAGACUUAUCAAGAAAUUGAGACAAGAUGCACUCAAAAAGCUGAGACCAGAGGAAAAUGGCAAUGGAAGACCUACUUAAUCUGUUAAUAAAACAUCUUUUUUUAGUGAAAAGAUUGAAACAGAUAGUUUUAUAUGUAAAUAGAUAAUUUCUCAACAGAUUCUCUGCAUGAUCUCUUCUGAAAGGACUAGUUUCUUGUGAUUGGUAUCAAAACUGAGAAAUUUCCUAGAUAAUUUUUAAAAAUUGUCAUGCACUUUAUAAUGAAUUCAGCAUUGAAAUCUAUAUUUAAUAGUAUCUAAAGCUUUUGAUAAAUUUAAAGACUUCUUAAAAAAUAUCAUGCAAAUUACAUUGAUAAUUUAUUCAAGGGUUAUUUACAAAUAAUUUUGGGUUUAGAAAAAUCAUCAGUUAUCAUGUAAACAGUAAAAUGGUUGUAGGCAAUCACUUCUUUACAGUGUUUUUAAAGGUGGGGUAGACUGACUUUUCCUGAUGAUUUAUAAAAAUCAUAUGAAUUUGGUGCAGUGGGGCUUUAGCAACAGACAAGGUUUUUAUCAGUUUACUUAAUUAAGCUCUACCUUUAGUACACUAAGACAUGAAUAAUAAAAUCACUUUUAUUUUCUGUUUGCACAUUCUUGUGAGAAUGUUGGUAAUUUAACAAGAAGAUUGAUUGAGUGACAAGGUCACUGAAGUUGAACUACUUGUUACUUGGGUCUUUCAAUUUUCCGCCAAUAUAGAGUACAAACAAUAAAAUUGUGCAGC